UGCGGUCACAUAGGGCGGUGCACAAUUGGUCCAGCGUUGUCGGGGUUAGGCCGUCAUUGUAAAUAAGAAUUCGUUCUUAACUGACUUGUCUAGUUAAAUAAAGAUAAAAUCAAAAAAAAGUUGUCGGCAUGCACAUGUAACGUUGGUUUGCGGACUGCCAUUAUUUCAUUGACGAACAUCAAGCGAAUGCUUGACAUUUAUACAUCCGGUGAAAAAUCAGUCUCAUUGUUCUAUUUGUGAUACGUUUGGUGACAGGCUGGUUUACAGACAGGCGGCUCGGCUCCGGGACUGCAGCUGGAUGCAUCUUAGAUGCAGACAGAUGACAAUGGUUUGAAGUCUGGUUCGUUUGUUAUUCAACGUUAAAUACCCAUUCAUUUUACAACGCACCAUAACAAUCAAGUUAGCUAACCAUGGCUAACGUCAUGCAAGACUUCAUGUAUGCAUAUGGUUCCCGCCAUAGAGCUAACAAUAGGCCCCAAUCACCACACAACCCACACCCCAAGUGCCACAAGUCCCACUUGCCGUGGCUGAGAGAUCUUGGGUAAAGAGGUAAGAAUUGGUUUAAUUUGCAUAACUGUUUAAAUGCUUAAAAAAAUGGACAUACUAGCAAUACAGAAGAGAAAUCCUUAUUUCAUGUUCCUUGGUUUAAUAGUUGAGUUUUAUUCCCCCCUUAUUAUUUGUAUUUUACAGCAUCACCUACAGUCCACAAUCUUAAUUUAGUUUGAGGAUAUGUAUUUCUAAAAUGUUUAUUGUUACAAAAACUUUCUUUCCUUAGUUUGUCCUGGUGGUCGGUAAUUCUAAUCUUUGUGCCUUAGUGGAUGAUAUUGUGCCCAUGUCAAACCGAGCUGGUAGCACAGGUCAUGCUGACCUGACUUUUGGCUUCAUGUCCACUCUCCUGGAGCCAGAGCUCCACAUCUGGAGGUAGAUGUUUGUGGGAUUGUGUUACCACAAGGCCUUGUCCCUGCCAUUGUCUGUCUCUUAGUUCCUGGUAAACAACUUUACAGACAAUCCAUCCAUCGAUCAGGCAGGGAAAAGGUUUAAAGAACUCCUCCAUGCUGCUCUGUUGAAGUGGACUGAGUAAAUCCUUAAUUACCAUUACUAGUAGCAUAAAGGCAUGACGUAAGUGAAAAUCACAAUUUCCACGACCAUGUUUUGCAAAGGACUAAAACCCUGGAAUGUUACUUGUAAUUAUUUGCAGGUCUUUGUACAUUACUUCCCACGUCGCAUUGACGUCGUAAAGGAACCAAAGUACCAGUAGUAGCUGGCAUUGGAGUAUGAAGACCAAGCAUGGGAGCUAGGUGUGACUUGUGCCUUCCCACUGGUUCCCCUGGUCCCACAAUAAAGUACACCUGAGUGAUGAUUAUGGGAUUGCAAUUUUGGCCACGCUGAUCAGACACUUCGUUUGAGGGACUGCGGUGCAUGGCUGCUACUAGGCCUACUUCUGCUGGGAUUUAAAGUGAUGGGGGUGGAGGCAAGAUUGGCCAGAUCUCCAGGACAACUACUUCUAGUGCACCCCCAUCAGGACCCCCUCUUGCAGCCCCACCUGCUCCUCCAAUGGCUGGCCUUGUGAUCCACAGUCAUGGGGGCAGAGGCAAGGUUGGACGCCCAGUGGCUGUCACUCCAUCAGUUCAGCCAUGUGGAGGCAAAUAAGUACUUUCAGGCAACCCGCAGGGGUGAAGUGAACAGUGCUGUUAUCUGCAGCCCCAGGAUCACCCUUGAGGAGCCAGUGAGUGUGGUGUUCAAGGUGUACUGUCUGUCAGUGAUGACAAUGGUGGCAGCAACUUACACUGUGGUGUUACGAUACACAAGGACAAUAUCAUCAACAGCUAUGUACUUCUCUACAACAGCAGUAUGCGUCACAGAGGUUAUUAAAUUGUUCUUGAGCCUUGGGAUGUUGACCAAAGAAGCUGGCAGCUUUGGCAGGUUAAAAGCAUCCAUAGUUGAACAUGUGUUUCAGAGUCCAAAAGAGCUGCUGAAACUGAGUGUUCCCUCUGUGGUCUAUGCGAUUCAGAAUAACAUGGCCUUCAUUGCCCUGAGCAAUCUUGAUGCAGCUGUGUAUCAGGUGACCUAUCAGUUGAAGAUCCCGUGCACAGCCCUAUGCAUGGUCCUAAUGCUGAAUCGCUCUCUCAGCAGGCUGCAGUGGUUGUCUGUCUGCAUGCUGUGUGGGGGUGUUGCUUUGGUCCAGUGGAAACCUGCAGAGGCCACUAAAGUCCAGGUUGAGCAGAACCCUUUUUGGGGGUUCAUGGCCAUUGCUGUCGCUGUAUUCUGCUCCGGAUUUGCAGGUGUGUACUUUGAGAAAGUCCUGAAGAGCUCAGACACAUCUCUAUGGGUGCGGAACAUCCAGAUGUACCUGUCUGGCAUCGUGGUCACCCUCGCUGGUGUUUACAUGACUGAGGGUACUCAGGUUAUACAGAAAGGCUUCUUCUACGGUUACACGCCUUGGGUGUGCUUUGUAGUUUUUCUGGCCAGUGUGGGUGGUUUGUACACAUCAGUGGUGGUGAAGUACACAGACAAUAUCAUGAAAGGCUUCUCUGCUGCAGCCGCCAUCGUUCUCUCUACUGUGGCAUCUGUCGCUCUGUUUGGGCUACAGAUAACUGUUAACUUUGCCAGUGGAGCAAUGCUGGUGUGCAUCUCCAUAUACCUGUAUGGACUCCCAAAACAAGACACCACCAAGCUUCCAAGAGCAGACAAGGAUACCAAGCAGAAACUGAUCACUGUUUGAGGCCUGGAAGAACUUAAAAGUUUAUGGCCUUGCCUGACCACUGAGCUGGACCUGCCCGAGGCAAGGAACUUUAAUAAUUUAUCACUAAUGCUGGAGCAUAAGGGAAGGGAUUUAAAAAUACACUUAUACUUCAAUAUUUUGUGGAGCUGAGGCAUAGAAAAUAAAUACCUGUUUUUGUUGACUGUUACUGCUGUUAGUCAUGGACAAUAGUUAUGAAUUUUUGUCAGUCAUUCCACUUGUCACAGUACUAAAUGUAUAUAGACAGCUAUCUCAUGUUAUUUGAAAGUUGUUGUAACUCAUUAUCUAUAAUGAACAUUCAAAAUACAUUUGUUGACCCUCAA